GCUAUCCGAUAUUCGCAGCUUUAGAUAUCUACUAGGUACUUGAUUGAUUGAGGCUGCGCUCGCUUAUAUGUACAGGCUACGAACCCGCUCCAAUGGACAACAGUAUGAUAGUACCCACAGCGAUAUGCGUAUGCGUUGAUCAACGCGCACCUUCGGCAUACCUUAAUUCAUCUUCUCGACAUCAUUAUUGUCUCCGAUUCUAAUCCUUGUCAAUUCUAUCGCACGCCUUGAAAUAUCCCGAGAAUGUCGACUCCAGCCAUAAGACUCCAUGCCCCUGAACACCAGCUAUCUUCAACUACAGACAGCUUUCCAACAUCACAUGAUAAGGUCAGCAAGAUAAUUGAUACGCUACAAUUUAUUGAUAAUAAAUUCGUAGCGUCUGAAACUUCAGAGUUCAUUGAACUCCAUGAUCCGGCCACCAAUAAUCUUGUAACGCGAGUUCCCUGUAGUACAGAUGAAGAGUUACAAGCCAGCGUGCAGUCUGCACAGCGAGCUUUCCCGAAAUGGCGGGCAACCAGCGUAAUGGCCAAGCAACAAAUCAUGUUCAGGUUUGUUGCUUUGAUCCGACAGAACAUGGAUAGACUUGCAGCGGUCAUCACGUUAGAAGGCGGCAAGACCCUCGCAGACGCCAAGGGUGACGUGCUGCGUGGUCUUCAGGUUGCUGAGGCGACAUGUGCUGCCCCAGAGCUCCUCAAAGGUGAGGUGCUCGAGGUUGCCAAGGAUAUGGAGACAAGAACAUAUCGGGAACCUUUGGGAGUAGUUGCUGCCAUUUGUCCUUUCAACUUCCCGUCCAUGAUUCCUCUUUGGACUCUUCCAGUAGCUACCAUCACUGGAAAUACUCUAAUCGUCAAACCUUCCGAGAGGGUCCCUGGUGCGGCGAUGGUCCUCGCAGAGCUCUCACGCGCCGCUGGCUUCCCGGAUGGUGUUAUCAACAUAAUACACGGCUCGCGAAGAGCUGUCAACUUCAUCCUGCAUGAGCCGGCAAUUAAAGCAAUCAGCUUCGUCGGCAGCAACCAAGCUGGUGAGUAUGUCUACAAGACGGGUUCUGCAAACGGUAAGCGCGUUAUGGCAAAUUUAGGAGCGAAGAACCACGCAAUAGUGCUUCCAGAUUGCGGUAAAGACCACUUCAUGAAGAGCGUUAUUGGAGCCGCCUUCGGUGCUUCUGGGCAGCGCUGCAUGGCACUUAGCGCACUAAUAUUGGUUGAGAAAACGAAAGAGUGGUUACCUGAACUUGUUGAACGUACGAAAGAGCUCCAAACCAACGGCGGCUUCGAGCCGGGCGCAGAUCUAGGACCUGUCAUAUCUCCGCAAAGCAAGGACCGAAUUGAAUCUCUUAUCGAGUCAGCAAAGCAAGAAGGUGCCAAUAUUCUCCUCGACGGUCGCGGUUAUGCUCCCGACAAAUUUCCAAACGGCAAUUGGGUGGCCCCGACAAUUAUUGACAAGGUGACCCCGAGCAUGCGCUGCUAUCGCGAAGAGAUAUUUGGUCCUGUGCUCGUAUGUUUGAGUGCCGAUACCCUCGAUGAGGCCAUCGAUGUCAUCAAUGAGAACGACUACGGAAACGGUGCCGUUAUAUUCACGCAAUCCGGUUCAUCUGCAGAAAGCUUCCGACGGCGGAUCGAAGCUGGUCAGGUUGGGAUCAACGUCCCGCUUCCUGUGCCGCUUCCUAUGUUCUCCUUUACUGGAAACAAGAAGAGUAUCGCUGGUGGUGGUGCGAAUACUUUCUACGGGCGCCCAGGAAUCAAUUUCUUCUCCCAGUUACAAACAGUCACGGCGAGAUGGUCACGAGACGAUGUUCCAACACAACAGGAAAUGGCAAUGCCGAUUCUGAAUUGAGACUCUUACAGCAUGCAUGUAGGUAUCUAUCAAUAGGUGCCUACCUACCUAGUCUUAAUAGCUAGUCAUGGGUAUCAUCACUGUCAGAUUUUAGCUUCAUCUUACCCCUGAAAUAUUAUGUGAAAAACUAGAC